AUGGCCACUCGCAGCAAAUUUAUGUGCAGAACAGAAACCAAAGAGACCCACCGAAGACAAAUCAUUGUAGACAUCCCUCGUUUAAUCCAACUAGGGUUAAAAGAGGGGUUCACCUCCCCAACCACUGGCGAUGAUUUCAUAAGCAUGGUUUACUGGCUCUUGGACAUAAGCAACGAUGAUAAUGUAGAAUACGUACAGCUAAUAGAAGACACCAAAGCAGAGGCAAUAACAAAGAAAGGCCAGCAGUGUACCGCAUACGGUGCACUGAUAACCAUGAUUGGUUUUGUGAAAGAAAUUACAAAUCAAAAUGCAGAUGCUGGGUUGAAGAGGUGGAAGGCAGGACUGGCCUCCCAAUCCAUACCGGACCUAUUGGAGGACUCCCAUAAGAAGACACUCGAUGAAAGGGAAUUUAACCUACCAAAUGCCUGUUAUAAAAGCUGUCUUUACACAACUGGAACUCUAUAUGAUCUGGCCUACUUAAAAUCGGUACAAUGCAUGUACGAGUUCAUUCUAUCUGGCAAUCAUGCUCUAUCUCUCCCCAAUGUAAGGAAGGAUGCAAAGACUUUCAAGGAGGUUUUUGAUAGAGUGAAAACCAUAGAGGGGCUAAACUUCCCUCUAUGCCGCCUGAUAGACAACAACAAACACCCAGAUCUAAAUCACAGCAAAUAUCCAGAGCUAUAUGCUGUGACAUUACAAUGGGCUAGAAAGACCAAGAAAGUACAAAAGAAUUAUGUGGGAAGCAAGUCCAUUGUAGAAAGGUCAAUGGAUCUAGACCUUGCUAGGAAACUAAUAGGAAUAAGAGGCAUAAAGGGUCUUCCCUCUAUAAGUGCAGAAGACAAAGAAUGGAUAGCAUCUGUUGGAUGCAACAUAAAUGAGGAAGAGGUUAACAAAGCCUUGAAGAAAAUUACAAAGAGAGCUCCCGUGAUAUCUGACAGUGAAGAAUCAGGGAGUGAGGAAGAAGAAUCGGAUGAAGAAGAGGGAUCCAAGAAGAAGAGGAGGAGAAAGACCACUAUGGAUUACCUAAUACUUGCCGACUACUUGAUCACUCUAAUUGAAACACCACUUGAGUAUCGAACACUGUAU